UAUGUUUGGCAAGGAUUUUCUCCCCUUCUAUUUAAUGAGUAAAUCUGAUCAAGCUUUUGACUUAAUCACAUUAGAAGAUUGAGAUAUUAAGAGCCCUGUUUUAGAGGGCAUUACAAAAGGUUGCACUGCGGUGGAAGCGGACUGGGAAAGUUAACGUGAGCAGUGGCUGGAGAGCCGCUCCCACGAACUCUCCAGUGAAUGAGUUGACUUUAGCCCAGGACAAGACAAACGAUAGCGUCCAGAAUGGAUGAGCUAACAGAUAAAGAUCGGUUGAAAAUGGAGAUAGAGCAACUUCGUAAAGAAAUACCGUUAGAGAGGAUGUUGGUGUCUAAAUGUGCUGAGGAACUGAAGGAUUACAUUGAAUCGCAAUCUGCAGAAGAUCCUUUGGUAAAGGGAAUCCCUGAGGACAAAAAUCCCUUCAAGGAGAAGGGUGGAUGUGUCAUAUCAUAAAUCAGACAGAACUCGGAUAUCCUCAGCGCAUCAUGGUAUCUUCUACAGUUUAGUGCCCAUUAGUACAACAAAAUCCCCUAGAUGCUAAACCUGGAAGUUGGAAAAGUGGAGUCAUCUGGCAUGACAUCCUCAAGUUGUUUUUGAAAUUAAAAAGCAUUUCAGCACCAGCUGCAAAAUAAAUAUAGUUUUGGCAAAUUCUACCAGGUUUGUCAAGUUGUUAUUUGGAAAAGAAAAUAUAUUUGCCAAUGUAUGGAGGAUAAUCCUAUAAGGAUCGCUGUUUAAUAUUAUGAUCUGUAUAUGGAACUUAUUUUAAAAUGAAUAGUGUACUAAUCCUGAUAAAUGUCAGGCCUGAACUGGUGUAUAGAAAUUUAUCAAUAAAACUAUAUUAUUUCCCACUUUAAAAAGCUUCUUGCAAAACAAUGAAAUUAAUAAAAUUGUUCCAAUUCA